AGGACUCUGCAGAUACAGCGGCCUAGAUUAGCUCUGACUACCGUUACUGAGUUAACGGGGAUCCCAGGCUAGGGAGGCCCCAAAAUGGGCAGCUCCCUGCAGCUUGGGCCCAUGGUGCUCUUCCCUAGACCCUAGCGGUCCAGCCCCGGAGCUCAUUCAGAUUAGGAGUAGAAGCUGAACUGUGGGAGGCUGCUGAACGCACUCGGUAAGCAUGGCGCUGCUCAAAGUCAAGUUUGACCAGAAGAAGCGGGUCAAGUUGGCCCAGGGGCUCUGGCUUAUGAACUGGCUGUCCGUGUUGGCUGGCAUCGUACUCUUCAGCCUGGGGCUGUUCCUGAAGAUUGAACUCCGCAAGAGGAGCGAAGUGAUGAAUAAUUCUGAGAGCCACUUUGUGCCCAACUCCCUGAUAGGGGUGGGAGUUCUGUCCUGUGUCUUCAACUCUCUGGCUGGGAAGAUCUGCUAUGAUGCCCUGGACCCGGCCAAGUAUGCCAAGUGGAAGCCCUGGCUCAAGCCGUACCUGGCUGUCUGCGUUUUCUUUAACGUCAUCCUCUUCCUGGUAGCUCUCUGCUGCUUUCUGUUGCGGGGCUCCCUGGAGAGCACCCUGGCUUACGGACUCAAGAAUGGGAUGAAGUAUUAUCGGGACACAGACACCCCCGGCCGGUGCUUCAUGAAAAAGACCAUCGACAUGCUCCAGAUUGAGUUCAAGUGCUGCGGAAACAACGGCUUCCGGGACUGGUUCGAGAUUCAGUGGAUCAGCAAUCGCUACCUGGACUUCUCUUCCAAGGAGGUCAAAGAUCGCAUCAAGAGCAACGUGGAUGGGCGGUACCUGGUGGAUGGCGUCCCUUUCAGCUGCUGUAACCCCAGCUCCCCGAGGCCCUGUAUCCAGUACCAGCUCACCAACAACUCAGCACACUACAGCUAUGACCACCAGACCGAGGAGCUCAACCUCUGGCUGCGGGGCUGCAGGGCCGCUCUGUUGAAUUACUACAGCAGCCUCAUGAAUUCCAUGGGUGUCGUCACACUUCUCGUCUGGCUCUUUGAGGUGAGCAUCACUGCCGGACUCCGCUACCUCCACACAGCGCUGGAGAGUGUGUCUAACCCGGAGGACCCCGAGUGUGAGAGUGAGGGCUGGCUGCUGGAGAAGAGCGUGCCCGAGACCUGGAAGGCCUUUCUGGAAAGCUUUAAGAAGCUGGGCAAGAGCAAUCAGGUGGAGGCUGAAGGUGCAGACGCAGGCCCAGCUCCAGAGGCUGGCUGAUGGCCUGAGGCCUCUCCCCCUCCUCAACACUUAGUGGACUGCAGGGACUGUGGAUACCCCCUUUAUCCAGCUGAAAGUCCAAAUUUCCCGAGAAAGCUGGUCACCUACUGACUCUCCUUGAUGUGGGCCUUGAAGUUCAGGGUCCUUAGGGCAGGUUACAAACAUUUGUGAAACGGCUGCCUCCAGAUGUGAGUGACUGAACAAUGCAGCAGAUGGCCAGGACUGAACGCUCACAGGACUGGCCAGUCCAGGGCUCUGUCCAAGUGUGAGUUCAGAUCUCUCAUAGGUGACUGGCCACACCAAGGGCCUCUCCCCUCCUCAGUAGUGUCUGCCUCUUUUAAGCUACAAGUUCUGCAUCCCAACCAUCACUUGAAACAUAAAAGCAAGGUGAAAAUAA